CCACACGCAGCGACUCUCUGUGCUGUGAGUGGGUGAGUGAGUGAGUGUAUGAGUGAGUGAGGGAAGGAGGGAGGAGGGCAGAGCCGGAGAGAGUCACUGAUCGAUCAGCCCAGCCUAGUCCCAAGAGAGUCUGAAGCUUCAGAGGAGAAACAACGUGACUGGAAUGGAGUGGGGUCUUCUGCUGUGGAUGCUUCUCACCUUAGUGGGAAAGACAUCAGCGGCGCCUGAGCAGUACAGCAGAGCAGUGGAUUGGUUGAGCAGGUAUGGCUACCUUCCUCCCCCUGACCCCCGCACGAGUAAACUGCAGACCAAAGAGGGGAUUGAGAAAGCCAUCCGUGUCAUGCAGAGAUUCGGCGGGGUCCCGGAAACUGGGGAACUUGACAGCGAAACUCUCAAGCUCAUGGCUACGCCACGAUGCUCCCUCCCUGAUAUUGUUGGGAGUGAGGACAUGCUGAAGAGGAGGAGGAGGAGGAGGAGGAAGAGAUACGCCCUGUCAGGCCUUAAGUGGCAUAAGACAGACCUCACAUGGAGUGUCCACAGCUACCCAUCGCCCUCCACCUCACCCGGCAUGUCGAACGAUCUGGUGGACAACAUCCUGACUCACGCCUUCAAAGCCUGGAGUGACGCGGCCCCAUUGACUUUCCGUCGGCAAAGGAUUGACAGCAGGGGGGCGGAAGCUGGAGGGGACAUCAGAGUGACUUUUGCCCGCUUGCUUCACGACGAUGGGUACCCUUUUGACGGGCAGGGUGGCACCCUGGCCCACGCCUUCUUCCCCGGCAGGGAAGAAGUGGCGGGUGACACACACUUUGAUGAUCACGAGAUCUGGAGCUACGGAGGUCACAGCAGCAGCACAGACUUGUUCACAGUCGCAGUGCACGAGUUUGGCCACGCGCUGGGUCUGUCCCAUUCCUCCACUGAUCCGUCCAUCAUGAGACCGUAUUACCAGGGUCCUGUGGGAGACAUUGCCAGCUAUCAGCUGGAUCUGGACGACAGGCUGGCCAUCCAGCAGCUUUAUGGUGUGAAGGACGACGGACCACCAGGAGGUGUUGAUCCUGAUGUCCCACGCCUGCCUAGCCCACCUCCACCAAGACCAACACAGCCCUCUGACCCCUCAUCCCAUGAGCGCUGCAAAGGGGGCUUUGACGCAGUGGCAAACAUCAGGGGAGAGGUCUUCUUUUUCAAAGGUGCACACUUCUGGAGAACUAAGAGAGACGGGGAGUUGAUUUCACUCAAUCCGGCUCAGAUUAAAAACUUCUGGAUCGGCCUCCCACCAGGAACAAACAAGAUCGACGCCGUGUACGAGAGGAAGAGCGACAGCAGCAUCAUCUUCUUUAUUGGACCUCAGUACUGGGUCUUCAAGGACACGGUGGCCAUGAGCGGCUACCCUCGGCCCCUCUCUGAAUGGGGCAUGAAGACAAAGAGCGGGGCGCUGGUGGACAGGGUGGACGCAGCCUUCGUCUGGGCCCACAACGGCAAGACCUACCUGUUCAGCGGCGGGGAGUUUUGGAGGUUUGACGAAAGCCAUAAGGGUGAACAGGUGAUCAGACAGCCGGAUCAGGGCUACCCGCGAGACAACAGCCUCUGGGGAGGAGUGCCCUCCGACAUGGAUGACAUCAUCAGCUGGGGAGAAGGAGAUGCCUACUUCUUCAAGGACAACCAUUACUGGGUGCUGAAGAACGGAGGCCUGAACCAAGAAGUCGUCACUCCGAAAUCCAUCGCUGUAGACUGGCUCAGAUGUCCAGCUCCGCCUGCGACUUCUGCUCCUCAACACCCAGGGAAGUGCAACUGUGACUUGAAGGCAUCAGCUUCGUUUGUAAGGAGCAACUGGCUCCUCCUGAUCUCUGUUUUAUUGGUCAUUCAGGAAUUUAUUAGAAAAUAGACACCUGAGUAUCCAGCAGUGGCUGCAGGCUGCUUUUUACCACUUCCCUUAUUCUAAUGGAGGGUUAAAGAGGCUCCUCAAAUCACCACACACUCACAGUACAUUACAACCCACGAGCUGGUUUCAAAUUACAUACUGCUGUCAUAAAAAUGUUAAUAUCUGCCUUUUACUUUAGCAUAAGGCCCAUGAUACUGUAAAUACCUUGCCUUAUCAGAGCAUAUUGCUGACCUGUGAAAACAGUUUAUUUUGUGUCUGUCAUCCUGCCAUAUAAUUUCAACCCCUUCCUGUUUAGAGAGUAAUGGAUCAUGUGGAGCCAGUAUUAGAGAAUGCCUGGAAAUCUGACACUGAAAUGUAGCACACGGGCUACUCCCUCAUAAUGAGGUCUUAUGCAACCACCUUUUGUUUGGACAGUUAACAGUCAACACAACCACACUGAAGAGCAACAUUUUUUGAAAUUCAGAGCACAUUUGUGCACAUGCAUUUACACAGUGCAAACAGAAAUCGGGCAAAUUGAACGUGCAGAUUGCAAUGCGGUUUGUCGUCGCCCCAUUUUUGUGUUUUUGAAUUUGAUUUUGUACACGUGAAUGAUUUUCGCUCACAGACUUUGCAAUGAUCAAGAGGAGAAAUUACCUUUUUGUUGACAUUACGCUUAUACUAUUAUGCUCACUGACAGUAUUAACGCAACAGUUCUGCAAACAUAGAUGUGGACUCAGUGAGGUUGAAAGCAACCAAUUGUUUACUUGGCCAAAGUUCACAGCAGAGUUUACCAACUGGUACUCAAUCAGUUGGGGCAAACAAAGUGGCCCCACCUAUUGAAAAUAACCGGAGGCUGAUAAUAACUAUAUUUAAGAGGCUGUGGCGUGCUCAUUUUUUAAGCUAGCACAAAGGUGGCACCGUGUGAAACACUGGUACCAGCCAUGUUGACAUAGCUUUUAGAGGACAGGGCUAAAUUAUGCUCUCAAAACAGGCAACAUUUUGGCGAGGGCACAACGGACAUGGCCAUUUUCAAAAGGCUCCCUUGAAUUCUCAUUUCAGGAUAUCUGAAUGAAGAUCAGUUCUGUGGCUACCCAAGUAGUAAUUCAAAAUGUUAACUGUAUUAGUCUAUGCACAUCACACGAUUAUCAGUAUGGGAUUCCUUACUGCUCCUUAUUAACAUAGUUUUGACUAUAUGAUUCAACAGCAUUAAUAAUUCCCAAAUUUUAGUUAUGGCUUUUGGUUUUCAUGCCCCACCCCAUCGUUGUCAAUUGUCCUGUCUGGCCACCCCUAUGACAGAUUUCUUGGGGCACCACUGGCAAGGGGCGAACAGGUUUCUGGGAUGGGAAUGGGACUGCUUUUUCAUAUUGUAGUUAUUUUACAAUGAUUUAACUAUCAUGCAAUCCCAAAAACGUUGGGACGCUGUGUAAAAUGUACAUAGAAACAGAAGGCAAUGCUUUGCAAAUCCUUUUCAACGUAUAUCAAAUUGAAUAAAGUACAAAGACGAGAUAUUUCAUGUUCAAACUUUUUGUAAAAUAUACACUUAUUCUGAGUUUGAUGUCACAUUUCAAAUAGUUUUUUGGAAACCAUGGACAUCAUGUUCUCUGGGCUAAAGGGGAAAAGAGCUAUCUAUGUUGUAACCAGCUCAAAGUUCACAGUCAGCAUCUGUGAUGGUAUGGAGGUAUGCUACUGCCUAUGGCAUCAUGGGUCACCUGCAUAUCUGUGAAGGCAUCAUGCAUACUGAAAGGUACAUACAGGUUUUAGAGCAUCCAGAUGACGUCUUUUUCAGGGACGUCCCUGUUUAUUCCAGCAAGACAGGACAUUCUGCACGUAUUACGACAGCGUGGCUUCGCAGUAAAGAAUGUGGGUACCAGACUGGCCUGCCUGCAGUGCACACCUGUCUCCCACUGAAAAUGUGUAGCGCAAUAUGAAGCACAAAUACGACAGCAGAGACAGUGGACUGUUGAGCAAGUGAAGCUGUAUAUCAAGCACAAAUGAGAAAGAAUUUCACUUUGAAAACUUCAACAUUUAUCGUCCUCAGGCCCCAAACGCUUACUGAGUGUUGUUAAAAUGAAAGGUGAUGUCACACACGCUGCUGUCACAACUUUUUUUUAAAAAAAUGUGUUGCAGGCAUCAAAUUCAGAAUGAUUGUUUAUUUACAGAAAAACAAUUUGACAACAGUUUGAACAUUAAAUAUCUUGUCUUGAAAAAUGAUUUUAUUCUUGUAUUUGAUUAUUUAAAUUCACUGUCACUGUGAUCCAUUGAGGUGGAGCUGAAGAUGUAAUGCAGUAAACUCUGAGCCUAAUCCCAAUCUCUGAGUUGACUGAGCCUGAGCUGGGACACUCUGGGUUCAUCCCAAUAUCCCUUCUCGACUCCUCUGUCCUCGAUCACUUGACCUGGAAAUUGAUUGAGACUCGCCAUCUUGUAGGAUGUCUCAAUAUGUUAAAUGCACUCAGAGGAGUCGAGGAGAGAGGAGGCUUUCAGCAGGGAGGGAAGCGGGGAUGCACAAGUCUUCGCAGAAGUCUUUAACCAACCGACACACACCCCUAAUUGGAUAUCAGUUAUUGAUUACACAGCUGAUCGGACUGAUCUGAUACAUCCCAACAUCACUGGAGUUUUAUACAGAGUGAAGACAGAUAAGAGAAACUCAAAUGUAUCACUGCCACGUUUCUUAGAAAGAUGUUUCUCUUCACAACCUGUUAUUUCCCUCAUCAACUUUAAUUAUGAGUACAAUGAAAGUCAGAGAGUCGGUCUGUUAGCAAGAAACACUUCAACAUCACUGACCGUUGUUUUCAUUCACCUAUUAAAUUAUUUCCGGUGUUCAAUAACACCGUGAUCAUUCUCUGGGUUAUUCAAUGAUGAACUCACAAUCAGAGUAUCAAUAAAUACACAUGCAAAUAAUGCCACACCACAAAAACUGCUCCGGAACAGCCAGAGGAACAUGACAAAGAGCUCAAGGCGUCAACCUGGCCUCCAAAUCUUCCACACACCAAUCUGACUGAGCAUCUUGGGACAUGCUGGUACCCCACCUCACAACCCACGGGUCUCAAAUGAUCUGCAGCCAGCGCUCGGUGCCAGACACCAGAGGACACCUUCCAGAGGUCCUGUGUCCAUGCUUUGACAUGUCAGAGACAGGUCCAAUCCAUGGAGGCCCCAUAGUGGAUCUGGGGUACCUCUAGGGUACCAGCACGUCACAUGAAUACUCGAUCAGAUUGGGAUCAGGGGAAUUUGGAGGCCAGGUUGAUGCAUUGAGUUCUCUGUCACAUUCUUCGGGCCACUACUGACCAGUUAUUGCAGUGAGGCACUGCUCUGAAUGGGCCACUGCCAUCAAGGUGCAUUGUUGCCACUGGGAGGGAGUGCAUAACAUUAUGUGAUAACUGUAUGUGUAUCUUUAUUAUUAUAUAUGUAUAUAUAACUUCUGUGGGUGCAGAGAAAAACUCAAUUAAAAGUUUCUACUGCUGUAAAUAAAGCCUCCUGAAUCGCUUCCAAUUCACAUUAUUUCCUUUACGCUCAGAUGGAGCUAUGAUGGGAUGUGAGUCUCGGAAUACGCGAAUAUAUGAAAAGUAUUCAUAAAUCACUGCACAAUGUAUCUACAUGGAUUCAUUAAAAACCUGCAGUUCUGUGGAA